UUGUACUUAAAACGACGAUGUGUAACAUAAAAACAUAUGAACAUAUACAGAUAAAUAUGUAUAUGCUGACGUUGCGUCACCUAAGAACGGGCAACCCCAAAUACCCUUGUACGGUGCAGGUAAAUACCGGCUUUUUAUGUUGCCGGCGAACUUUGUUGUUACAUUUAUUGACAGGUAAAUAAAUAAAAUACAAGCCUAACUUCACUUUAAUAGCAAAUUCGGCAACAACAAUGAACAGAAGCAUUGUGAAGCAGAGUGUAAAUAUAUCUACAUAUCAACGCAAAGAGUGUACCCUCAUAUAUGCGUACAAUGUAGCUCUGGCAACGUUGUAAUCACUCCACAAUCAUCAACUCGCUCAAAAUUUUUCGGCCUUUGUGCGAGUCUUCACGCUUUAUGCACUGGAGUGCCAUAUUGCACGCCACAUUUUAGAGCGUUGUCAAUAAGCACCACACCGCAUUGGGCGAUAUUUUCACUGAGCUUUGCCGCUCUGCUCUUCCCAGGCAAGAAGUGGCAAUAAUAAUACAUACAGCGGAGUUGCUGAGCAAUUUAGUCGGAGUAGCUGGAGUAAACCACAGACUGAGUAUGUAAGUAUGUAAGUAUAGUUUCCGCUGCAGUCUUAUUAGCAACGUUUUAAGCCCAGUUAGUAGUCUGCAGCAAAUCCAAAUUGAUAUUCAGUUGUCAUAGUGUCGUCGAAGCAUUCAAAUGGUUCCUUAAUCGUUCGCGGGCAUUCGCAGCUUUUGAAUAUGAAAAUUUUAAAUUAAAAAUAAAUUAAAAGUGUAUACACUUAAAUAAAUUGAGUUGCUUUUAAUAGAGUUAAAACAUUUUGGGACUCAUUGAAAAUACUUUUUUAAUAUUUGUAUUGUGUAAAGAUUAAUUUGUGAAUAAAUGAAGUUAAAAUUGAAAGCAAAUAUGCAAUGAAUAAUUAAGUAUGGAGUUUAUAAUAUUUCUUUAGUAAAGUCCAGGGGAUUAAAGAAAAUCGUUGUUCAAUUAUGUAGAUACAUAUGUACAUUUUUACGUACAUAUAUUUACCUUUUUAAUGUCUGCAAGUAAGAACACUAAAAUUAAUACAAAUUCGUUGUUUGGUGUUCGUAUAAGCAACCGUAAAAAAAUACAUAAUGAUGGUACUUGGCUUGCCUACGAAUCCAUAUGUCACGCUUCGUAUAACAACACAUUUUUGGGGUUCUUGACUUCUGCACACUAAAUAAUCUACGAAUUGUGUCACCAAAAUUAAAAACUAAAGUUGAACAAAAAAAGAACAAAUAUUAAAAUAAAAAAUAAAAAAUUGUGAAAACACUCCAAGCAAUACGCAGGUGAAAAAAAUUAUUGAAAUAACUUCAGGAAAGGAACACCGUCUGCUCAUCGUUUGCGUUACGAAAGGAAGAAAGAAAGUCUCAUACCAAUACAUAUGUAUUUAAAACCGCAUGUCGAGGGUGCAUUGACAAUGAAAUUCCUCCAGAAACCAAAAAUACUCUCGAAAAGAACAUGAACAACGAAAUAGUGUUGCCAAGCCGCCAGCGAAUUUUAAAUGUACAUAAUCCUCAGCCAAUCGCUAACCGAUUACCAAAAAUAAGAAGAAAAUACAAAAAAGUACGCUUAAAAUCGAAAAGAAAGUGGUUGGCUUGCUGUGCGAAUACAGUCGCGCUGAUAUUUUUUACACUACUACAGCCGGUGAGCAGCAAUCGCCCGCCACGAUUCGCCAUCGACGGUGGUCAAUCCGAAAUUGUUUUGCGACUGAAGGAGAGUCCAGAGACUGUCGUCGGCUCCCAGAUAUACACACUUAAAGGUUUCGAUCCCGAUAAUGAUCCCUUGGUAUUUGGUAAACGCCCAUCGCAUGAUAGCGAAAUCAUACGCAUCGAAAACACAGGAGGCAAUGAGGCUAAUGUCUACUUGGCCAAAGAAUUAGAUAGAGAGUUAAAAGACGAAUAUUCCAUAGUUUUAACGCUAACCGAUAACCAUUACAACGACUACAAUUAUGUAACGCAAAGUUUUCUGCUGCUCGUAGAGGACAUUAACGAUAAUGCACCCAUAUUUUUACCCUAUCAAAGCGCCAUCGAAAUACCCGAAAACAGUGAUCCUGGUAUUAUAACAACGCUAGAGGCAACGGAUGAAGACGAAGGUGCCUAUGGACAAGUAGUCUACUAUCUUCAGGAAUUGGAUGGUGACAACGACAUGUUCUCCAUUUCAACGUACCAGGGCAAGGGUGUACUCCGAUUGAUGGGCGAGUUGGAUUACGAAACUAAAAGUUUAUAUCAAUUGCGUGUUUUAGCCGUAGACCGAGCCCAUCAGGGACCUAUCAAUACAGGCACUGCUGCCAUUCUAGUCAAAGUAGGCGAUGUAGGUGAUCAACCGCCAGAGUUUGUUGAAGUACAAGCUGUAACGCGCAUACCUGAGGAUGCAGAGAUUGGUACGCGCGUGCUGCGUGUACGUGCCAUUGAUGGCGAUCGUGGCAUCAACAAUCCAAUUGAAUAUGACUUGGAAUUAACGGAGUUGUUCGAUAUUGAUCGGCAUACGGGCGUAGUUUAUACGGCGCAGCAACUCGAUCGUGAGGAUAGCAACAAGCAAGUAAAUGGGGCGUAUAUUUUGAAAAUAACAGCCACCGAGGUGCCACAUUCUCAAAUGAGUGCAUCGGAAGAGGUGAUGCAGGUCAAAACGGAAGUGACCGUGAUCGUGACGGACGUAAAUGAUGAAAUACCAACAUUCAGACAACCAAUUUACCGCUGUGAGGUGAAUGAGAAUUCCCAAAGCAAUACACCAUUGAGUUUUAUUGACGAUGAUGUACAGAAUUUCGUCGAAGAUCAUGACAUUGGCAGCAAUGGUACAUUUCGUUUGUUUUUGGAUCCACCAAAUGAUGUCUUCGAAAUUGUGCCGGCUGUGGCAGUGAAUGAGGUAAACUUUAUGGUGAGAGUGAAGAACGCGAAGUCGAUCGAUUACGAAGAAAUGAAAGAGAUUAAUUUCACGCUUUUUGCGAGAGAAAUCGAUGAGCCGGAUAGGUGGAGCUCGGCGCACCUUCAAGUUUAUAUUCGCGAUCAGAACGACAACUUCCCCGAAUUCACACAGUCAAUCUACAACACCAGUAUACCGGAGAAUAGUGACCUGGGCGCGAUAGUUGCCAAAAUAGAAGCAACAGAUAUAGAUUCAGGCGAUUUCGGCACUAUGGGCAUACGAUUUCACAAUCUGCGAGGAGGCAUAGCACAUUUAUUACAUCUUAAUCCAAUAACGGGCGUUAUUACCAUUAAACAGCCCGGUGACUCCGCAUUCGAUCGCGAGAUCAAUUCACUUCAUUACCUUACCGUCGAAGCUAUCGAUAAUGUUGGCAUUGGGAACCGCAACACCGCACAGAUCCUAGUCAAUAUUGAGGAUGUCAAUGACAAUGCGCCAAUCUUUGUACAACGUCACUACGAGGCAAAAUUGCUAGAGAAUAAGCGCGAAUUCGAAACUCCACUACUUGUCGAGGCGCGCGACAUAGAUCUCAAUGGCACCGAGAAUAGUCAGAUCACUUACGAGAUUGUAGAAGGUCUCUAUCGUGAAAAUUUCACUAUAGACCCCGGACGUGGUCUGCUACGGCCAUUGCAUUCGUUCGAUUAUGAAGAGUUGUUAGAGAAUAGAGGUCGUAUACGGCGACGUGCCGAUAAUGGCAUACGCGAGAUCGAUUUGUUGGUACGGGCGCGAGAUUCAGGCAUACCGAUGCUCUCUACUGUGGUGCCGGUGCUCAUAUAUGUCGAAGAUGUAAACGACAAUAUGCCCAUAUUUCAAAAGAAUUUCUACGCCAAAACUAUACCAGAAGACCUACCCGGCGGUAGUUCGAUAUUACAGGUGAUGGCUAUCGACCGUGACGGAUCGGCGCCGAACAAUGUCGUUGUAUACCGCAUACAAAUGGGUGCGAGUGAUAAAUUUGUCAUCAAUUCAGAAUCGGGUGUAAUAUCGGUGGCACAUGGCGCGAACCUGGAUCCAGAUCUGACGGAGCCAAAGAAGCUCGUAUACACCCUGACUGUGCUCGCUUUGGAUGGGGGUAUAGGCAAUUCACAACUCAUGAACUCUGCAACGGUUAAUAUAACCAUAAAGGAUGUGAAUAAUAAACCGCCUGUUUUGGGAGAGCUUCCUACCAUACGCAUCAUGGAAAAUACGAUUGUGGGCACACAAGUGUAUCGCGUAAGAGCUACGGAUCUUGACGAAUCACCAAUCAUUCGUUACCGCAUAAAUCGUGACAAUUGUGAAGCGCGUAAUGAAGAAGGCACUUUCGUCAAACUGACCGAAUUUGAUUUUUUAAACGCCUUCGAUUUAGAUCCCAUCGAAGGAACGAUAAAACUUCUCAAACUCCUGGAUCGCGAGAAGAUCGAGUAUUUAAAGCUGGCCAUAAGCGCGGAAGAUUUAGCUGCAGUGAAAGGAAAACAAGUCGCUGAAGCCAUUCUAAAUAUAAUAAUCGAAGAUGAAAACGACAAUAAUCCGAAGUUCAAGCAGCCGUUCUAUCGCAAAACGAUCACUGAGAAUAGCAUUAACGGUGUAUUAAUUGCGAAUAUACUUGCCUAUGAUUUGGAUAAAAAUAAAACCAUCACAUAUUCGUUGGAGGGUAAUCCCGCUGUAAGAAAUCUAGUACAUCUCGACCCACAAACGGGUGAAAUGGUGGUUGCAAAUAAAAUCGAUCACGAGCAAUAUCAGUGGUUGAAUUUGACGGUGCGUGCAACUGAUUCGGGUAUACCGCCACGAUCCGCGCUCGUCGAUGUUUAUGUGUCGGUUUUAGACGAGAAUGACAAUAAUCCGUAUUUUAUCGGUGGUACCAAGAACUAUUCAAUUAGUGAAAAUGCUGAAAUUGGCGCACGAAUUGGCACCGUACAGGCAACCGAUGCUGAUUCGGGAGAUUUUGGCAAAAUCACAUUUCUAAUGGAUCGCAUUAGUUCGCAGGGAAAAUUCUCAAUUGACGCAGACACUGGCGUGCUCUCUGUCGCCGAUAGAUUAGAUCGGGAAACGAAAGAUUUUUACAUGCUAGUGAUCGAGGCUUGGGACAACUACCAGUUUGGUUUCUUGGCAGGCGAGAGUCGUAAUGCCUUCAAGCAAAUAUUCAUAACCAUACUGGACGAAAAUGAUAAUGCACCCGAGGUUUUUCUGCCCACAAGUUGUGUGCUGAUUACCGAAUACCACGAGUUGAAUGAGAAAAUUACAACUAUUCGUGGCAAAGAUGCCGAUGAUCCGGAAUCGCCAAAUGGUCGUUUAGAAUUUCAAAUAGCAAAAGGCAAUAGAUAUGAUCUAUUCGAGUUACGCCAAAUCGACGAAUGGACUGCAAAUAUUUACGCUCGCACACAUUUGCGCAACAAGUUCGGUAAUCACACACUAACCAUAGCCACGCGUGAUCUAGGUGUACCAUCGAAUGUUGUUACCAAAACUUUUGAUAUUUGUGUAUCGGAUUUUAAUGAUCAUCCACCAGUUUUUGUUACGCCAUUACAUAACACUACGCUACGUAUACCCGAAAAUACAACCGUGGGCACAGAGCUGCUGCAAGUGCUGGCCACCGAUGAGGAUAUCGGCGUAAAUGCUUUGGUGCAUUAUCGCUUGAAACCGGAUCCACUGGGCAGCUAUAAGAUAUUUCAGAUCGACAGUGAGACUGGACAAUUAUUUUUGAAGGAGAAAUUAAAUCGCGAGAAACAGAAGCUACAUGAGAUAAGAAUCGAAGCAUAUGAUCAGGGACUGCCUACCUCUUUGAGUACCGAUCUAGAUUUAACGAUCUACAUACGGAAUGUAAACGAAUACGAACCGCAAUUUGUGGUUGAAGAAAUACACGUUAACUUUACAGAGCAUGCCGAUCCUGGCUCGGAGCGUGUCAAACUACCCGACACAAUCGAUAAGGACGAGGUAGAUGAUCUCGACGAUCCGCCCAGCUCAGUUUGCUAUUUUAUUGUGAAAGGAAAUGAGCAGGGCUAUUUUAAAUUAGAUCCCGAAACACAUAUACUCAGUGUGGAGAAAGAACUGGAUCGUGAAGUAAUUGCCAACUAUACUCUCUUCGUGAGGGCUACAGAGAAUUGCGCUAACGAAAAACUCGCAUACGUAUCCAAACAAAUUUCCGCAACCCGUCGUUCAGAUAAUAUUGUUGGUAUUACGACGGCUUUACGGCCAGAACUCUCGAGCUUAGGGCGAAAGCAAGGCGGUUUUCUACGCAAUUCCGAUCAUUUCGAUCGCUACAAGCAUUCGCGCAAUUUGCGUUCGAUUAACGAAGAUGACGAGACGUCCACAGAGCAGGAAUCAUAUGAAUUCGCUGACUCAGACAACCCAUUGACAAGCGAGGAGCUGCUACUAUACGAUAGUACUGUGGUACGCGUACGUGUACGCGUCUUGGACAUCAACGAUAAUCCACCACAUUUUCGCACGAAAGUGUUCACCGGUGGUAUAACGACAAAUGCUGAUUUUGGCACGAAAUUUAUGCGUAUCGAAGCUUUAGAUCCGGAUGAGGGUUUCAAUGCUAAGAUUUUUUAUUAUAUGGUCGGCGAGAUUAGGCAAACAUUAUCAGAGGGUUUGGAAAAUGUUAGAAAAUCACCAUUUCUUGUGGAACGCGACACGGGCGAUGUGCAAUUAAAUUUCGAUCCACAAAAAAGUAUGAAAGGAUAUUUUGAUUUCAUGGUUUUGGCAAACGAUACUUUAGGUAUGAAGGAUGUGGCGCAUGUGUUCAUCUAUUUACUAAGGGAAGAUCAGAAGGUAAAGUUCGUUUUCCGACUGCAGCCGGAUGAGUUGCGUCUCAAAAUCAGCACAUUUAGGGAUACACUCAGCAAUGUCACGGGCGCAAUUGUCAAUAUAGAUGAAAUUAAAGUGCAUGAAAACAAAGAUGGCUCUGUUGAUAAAACAAAAACCGAUCUUUAUAUGCAUUUGGUAGAGCGAGAGGAUAAUUCUAUUUUAGAAGUGCCUGAGGUGCUAAAGCUAAUCGAUCAGCACAUCGAGCAAUUGGAUGAUCUAUUCAAGGAGCUCAACGUAUUGGAUACACAGGCAGCGGAAGCGGAACUACUGGUAGCUGGACCACCGAAGCCCAUGUUCGUUUGGUUAAUAUUCACUAAUCUGUUUAUGACGACAUUGUUAGUGGUAACCUUGGGUCUGUGUGUGUCGCAACGAAAGGGUUAUAAGAGACAGUUGCGCGCCGCCAAAGUGAAUAUUUUCAGAAACUCUUCGCUUUCGCUGCAAAGCAACACAGAACCAGCCACCCGUGUACCAAAUACAAAUAAACAUAGCGUUCAAGGCUCAAACCCGAUAUGGCUUAAAGGCUAUGAAAACGAAUGGUUCAGAAAUGAGGAAAAUUUAAGUCAAGGCGGUCAGGAUUCUUUGGAUGAAAAUUUUCUGGCGAUUGGUACGCAGGAUAUACACGAAACGCUGAAGGGCACUGCGAAACUCUUCAACCACACCAAUGACCUCAACCGGCACUUUAAUGUGUACAACCAAAUUGAUAAAUUAACAAAUAAUGCUCAAAUAUUAGCGCGUAAAUUAGAGACUACAGAAUUAUAGGAGCAAAAAAAGCCGUAUAUUUAAAGCCCAGGAAUGUUACAUCAUAUAUCUAAGAUGCGAUUUUGUAUGAAAUAUGUAUUUAUGUAUGAAUUUACGUGAAGUGUCCGAAAAUAGCCGAAAAUAUUAUAUUAAUUUUUUAAAUAAAACAGAUCGUAUCAUUUUAUAUUCUUCCGAAAUACAGGUCCGAUCAAAUCUACUAUGU